UAUUGAAACUUUUUGAGCAUAGAAAAUUAAUUUUACCGAACACAAAGCUGGGGCAUGAAACAACGUCGUUUCAUUGUCUGGUAGAACAAACGUACAAAUGCAAAACCUAUGCUUCUCUUCUCCCAGCUGUAACAAUGGCGAUGAUGGGUGAAGAAGGGAAGAAGGGAGGAAAGGAAGGGAAUAAUUUGCUGGGCUCACCAACCUUCAUGGAGCUUGAAAAUGGAAGGUUCAAGUGCGUAGAGACGGGCCACGAGAUGCUAGCCAAAGACAAAGAAUCGUAUUCUCAGAGCAAACGGUGUCGUUUGGGUCUCAUCGACUUUGCUUUGGCUCACAAUAAGCCCCCUCUCAAUAUGUUCAAGCAAGAUCCUCUGUCCCGUUCAAAAUUGAUAUGUAAGCUCACAGGGGAUAAUGUGAAUAAGUCUGAGGAACAUAUCUGGAAGCACAUCAAUGGCAAACAGUUCCUUAAUAAAUUAGAGCAAAAGGAAAUGGGGAAAGUUGAGGAAAAGCAACAGGAAGAAUCAAAGUCUAGCAUGGAUGGUCAGAAGAAAAAGAAGAAGAAAAAGAAGGAAAACGAGAGAAAGCAGGUUGAGGAAAUCAUUUCUGAAGUAAGGAAUUCUUCUGAUAAGGACAGUGAUUCUGAAGAAGACGACUUCUGGAUGCCACCUGUGGGAGAUCGUUGGGACUUUGAUAAUGGAGGAGAUCGAUGGGGUUCUGGUGGGGAGUCAGGGCAGGAAAGUGAGGAAGAAAAUCAAGCAGAUGGUAAAGUUGAAGAAAAUGGCAGGGAGUCAGAAGAGCUUUCUAGGCGGACAAAAAGAAUGUCAAUUGAAAUUGGACCUGGCUGCUUUGCCUCUACGAAGAAGAAGAUUUCCUAUUCGAGCAUAGAUGUGAGCUGUGAUUAUAUACUAAGGAGAAAUGCAGGUUUGUGCUUCGAACCUGAAGCCAGAACUGGAUCAAGCAAUAAAACAUGGCGGCUUGGGAUAGACAAAUGAACUGCAGCAACAUUACAGGUAUGUAUAAAGAUUGUGUUUGAGAGUGCAAAAGGUUGAGGCAUGGGAUAGACAAAUGCUCCCCACGAACCUGUCAUCUGUUUUUGCCCUGUGUGGAAGAGGAUUUUACAGAUUUUGAUUCCUUGCUACAUGCUCUGAAUGCAGUCUCCAUGCUCUCCCCGCUUGUAUUAGGAAUUGUGUAAUUAUUAAGGAUUCUCAUAAAUUUUAUGUACUAUUUGUCAUAUCGUUGAAUUUGUUCUGA